GCGAAUGUAUGAUUGACUCUCUUACGAACUCAGACAUAGACAGGCGAAACCUAAAUAAUAUAUGUGAUCGGGAUUUUGUUAUAAGGAAACCACCAAUACACGCGAGGAUGAGUAGAGAUCUAUUGUUGAAUCAUUGUACAUCGCCUGCCAUGGCGAAUAAUACAUCAGUAGAUGAGCUAGACUCGCCUAUAGAUAGGUAUGAAAGGAUUGGACAUAUCCAAGAGGAGGAGGACGAUGACCUCAUCGAUAUUACAGAUGAUGACAACAGUAAAUCUGAAAUUAAUUUUAGAGAUUCUACACAAGGUCUUGUUGAACCAUUGGAAGAUAUUCCUAUUGAUACUGGCAAGUAUGAUGAUUUCCAUACCAUUGAUUGGUUAAAAGAUAUCCAGAAAGACAGACAGAGACACAAAAGGAUUCACCGAGACAGAGACAAGUCUCCGCUCAACAAAUUGAAGGCUGCUCACGAUGCCUGGUCAGGAUGGCUUGUGGUGUUUUUAGUGGGUGUCGGUGCAGGUACCUGUGCCGGGAUAAUCGACAUCGGAGCAUCAUGGAUGACAGAUUUAAAACUUGGAGUGUGUCCGCAGGCGUUUUAUUUGAACAGAGAACAAUGUUGUUGGGCAGAAAAUGAUACAGACCAACUGAAAUUCAAUGAUAAAGGUUGCUCUAAGUGGCAUACAUGGGCAGAAUUAUUUAAUAUAUUAGGCGAUAAUGCUGGCAGCUAUAUAAUUAAUUAUUUAUUUUAUGUUUUAUGGGGAUUUGGAUUAGCAACGCUAGCUGUGAGUUUAGUACGGGCGUUUGCUCCAUACGCAUGUGGAUCUGGUAUACCUGAGAUUAAAACAAUAUUAAGUGGCUUCAUCAUUCGUGGUUAUUUAGGGAAAUGGACAUUAUUAAUAAAAUCCAUUACAAUGAUGCUAGCUGUAUCAGCUGGACUGAGUUUAGGAAAAGAGGGACCACUAGUACAUGUAGCUUGUUGCUGUGGAAACAUCUUCUCUUACUUAUUCCCCAAAUAUGGUAAAAACGAAGCCAAGAAGCGCGAGGUGUUGUCUGCAGCUUCUGCAGCCGGUGUAUCUGUGGCAUUCGGUGCUCCUGUUGGUGGUGUCUUAUUUAGUUUAGAAGAGGUCAGUUAUUAUUUUCCAAUGAAAACACUAUGGAGGUCGUUCUUCUGUGCAUUGGUGGCUGCAUUUGUAUUGAGAACUAUUAAUCCAUUUGGUACUGACCAUUUAGUGAUGUUUUAUGUGGAAUAUGACACGCCAUGGUUCUUCUUUGAGUUAGUACCAUUCCUCCUACUAGGUGUAUUUGGGGGUCUUUACGGUGCAUUCUUCAUCAAAAUGAAUCUGAAAUGGUGUAAAUAUCGUAAAACAAGUAAACUAGGAAAAUUUCCUGUGGUUGAGGUUAUAACAUUGGCACUAAUUACUGCAAUAAUAUCCUAUCCCAAUCCUUAUACAAGAAUGAGUUCAAGUCAACUUAUAGAAUUAUUAUUUAAUGACUGUGGACCUGAAGAUAAUUUUAAACUAUGUAACUACAAACACAACUACACACUUAUGUUGCAUACUGGGAAUGUAGCAGCAUCACCAGCUGGUCCCGGUGUUUAUGAAUCACUAUGGUUACUGCUAUUAGCUUUAAUUUUCAAAGGAGUUAUCACAGUAUUCACCUUUGGCAUCAAGGUUCCUGCUGGCUUGUUCAUUCCUAGUAUGGCAGUUGGUGCAUGUGCAGGAAGAUUACUGGGUAUAGGAAUGGAACAAGCUGUAUAUUUCAAUAAUGACUGGGGAAUAUUUGAAGAUCUUUGUAAACCAUCCACACCAUGUGUUAAUCCUGGUUUGUACGCUAUGGUGGGAGCUGCAGCAGCUUUAGGUGGUGUAACUAGAAUGACAGUGUCGUUGGUUGUCAUAAUGUUUGAGUUGACAGGUGGUUUGCAAUAUAUAGUGCCGUUAAUGGUUGCUGUCAUGACAGCUAAAUGGGUUGGAGAUGCCUUUGGAAGAGAAGGAAUUUACGAUGGUCAUAUUUAUCUGAAUGGGUAUCCCUAUCUUGAUAGUAAAAGGGAAUUUGUACACAGCACGAUAGCGUCUGAUGUCAUGAGACCAAGGCGAGCUGAUCCUCCCCUUUCGGUUAUAACCCAAGAAGGUAUGACUGUAGAAGAGUUAGAAAAUUUAACAACUGAGUCAUCAUACAAUGCCUAUCCUAUGGUCGUUUCUAAAGAAUCACAGAGACUUUCUGGUUUAGUGCAAAGAAAAGAUUUAACUAUUGCAUUAGCAAAUGCCAGAAAAUUCCAAGAAGAAGUAGUGAGUCAGUCACAAGUGUUCUUUUCUAAUCAUGUUCCACGAUACUCGCUACCAGGACAGCCCUCACCGUUAAAACUUACGAAAAUAUUAGAUCAGAGUCCUUUCCAAGUGACAGAUCAAACUCCAAUGGAGACUGUAGUGGAAAUGUUUCGUAAAUUAGGUCUUCGGACAUGUCUUGUUACUCACAAUGGACGUUUACUGGGAAUUAUCACAAAGAAAGAUGUUCUUCGUCACUGGGCAAUGUUAAAGAAUCAAGAUCCUGACUCCAUCAUGUUUCAUUAGAUUAUUGCGUGUCGUGAUUCUUAUCAGAUGUGUGUAUGUGAGGCAGUAACUUAAGCACUUUGUCGGUCUGCUUGUUCAAGUUAGACUCCCUGAAUAUUGUGAUGCUCCUAUUGUGGGCUUCCGCUUACCCGUCACCGAUUCACUUUUAGCAAUUUUACCAAAAAUUGUCACUUUUGCCAUCAAUGGCUCAGACAGAUUACCAAAUGUGAUUUAUUCUGGGGAAAAAAUUAUGUUAUCAUGAACGUGGAGUUUCAUACACAGAGUAGUAUCAUCAUUCAAAAAGAAAUUAAGCCAUUAUCUCCAAUUGGCUAAAUAAGAUAGUAGCUGGCUAUGAAAACUUAACUUAAUAGCUAAAACUAUUAUAUACUUGGCAGAAGCCAAGCAAUGCAAAUUGCUUGCUGAAGUGGAGGAAUUUAAAAAUGAAAUAAGAGGUGCUUUUUUUAAUUCACAUCCUCUGUCUUGCUUUGACAUAUAUUCAAAUUGUAUGCAAAUGAUAAGAUACACAAUAAAAGCCUAUUUCCCAUCUGAAAUUCAACAUAUGACAUAAUUUUCAUAUAAUUUUUGCAUACUUGGCAAUGUUCAGCAUAUGCCUCUAUGUAGCUUAUUUAUCAGGUUACAUAAAUGUAAUAUAUUAUUGGGGGGGGGGGGGUCAACACACUAGCUUCUCACUUCUGUAUAUUCUUGCUAUAUUUCUUGUAACCGGUCUUAUGUAUGCAGUUAUUUAAUAACACAAGUCUUGGUAGGUUAAUCUGAUGAAGCUCAUAGUUGUACUGUAUAAUAGAAAAUGCUAUACAAACACAGCCACAAAAUCUAGAGAAUAGUUUCUCCU